AUGGGAACAAAGAACGACGUCCAAAACGGCGUCGUAAAAGAUCGGGUGAAGGGAUCAUGGACCCCACAAGAGGAUGCAACGUUGAAAAAGCUAGUGGAUCAACAUGGGCCGAGGAAUUGGACUUUGAUAAGCGAAGGAAUUCCAGGGAGGUCCGGUAAAUCUUGUAGAUUAAGGUGGUGUAAUCAGCUAAGCCCAGAUGUGCAACACCGGGCUUUCAGCCCAACAGAGGAUGAGAUUAUAGUCCAGGCCCAUAAGGCCCAUGGUAAUAGAUGGGCCACAAUUGCUAAGCUUCUUCCUGGGCGUACGGAUAAUGCGAUUAAGAAUCAUUGGAAUAGUACGCUUAGGAGGAAGCGGGACCCACAAGUGGGCACCGAGUUGAGCGAGUCGAAACGGCAGCGAGUUGAGGUGGCUGUGUCGAGUGAGUCUGACUCGGGGGUGGUUAAGAAGGAGGUGAGUUCUGGUGUGGUGUCGGAGCAGGAAGAAGAUGGUGGGGUUGAGACGGUUUUGACGCUUUUGCCACCUGGGAAGGUUAUGGAUGUGCCACGUGGAGGAGAGAGAGAAGGGGAGGAUCAGGUGAGGAAGGGUGAUGAUGAGGGUGAGAUUAAGAAAUUGAUGAGAUGUACAGUGGGGAGAGAUGACACGUGUUUGAUUAAUGUGAUGCAGAAUAUGAUUGCAGCGGAGGUUAAGAGUUAUAUUGAUCGUCUUGAUCUUCAGCCCAAAAGUGGUGAUGAUAAUGGACCUAAAUCGGAUUCUUCAGCCCAUCAUAGUAAAUAA